UAGUUAUUAUUUUUUCUUAUAUAUAAUGUAUUGCAUUGAACUGCUGCUGCUAAGUUAACAAAUUUCAUGACACAUGCCAGUAAUAAUAAACCUGAUUCUGAUUCUGAAAAUGCCAUGUCAACAGAGCAAUGUUUUGAUAGUCAUAGGGGAUUUCAAUAUGCAAGUAGAUUGGGAAAAUCAGGUUAGUGCUGGAUCCCAAGAGGGGGAAUUUGUAGAUUCUUAGAGUUCUGAAAAAGGAACCUUUAGGGGCCAGUGAUCUUAAUAUGAUGGAAUUCACCCUGCAAUUUGUAAAGGAGAAUAAAGUCAGAUGUAUCAGUAUUGCAUUGGUGUAAAGGGAACUACAGAGGCAAGAGAGCAGAGCAGGCUAAAGUUGAUUAGAAGGGGACACUGGCAGGGAUGACAGCAGAAAAGCAAUGGCUGGAAUUUCUGGGAGCAAUUUGGAAGGCAUGUGGUAGAUACAUCCCAAAGAAGAAGAUCGAUCAAUGGAUAUUGACCAGACACAGGCUAAUGGGACUUGUUCAGGUAGACAUGAACUCAGUGGGCCAAAUGGCCUGUUUCCUUUCUGUCUAUGACUGCUGUAGAAAAGAGAGUGCUGGUCUGCAGGAAAGGCAAGGUUGAUAGACCUAAAAGGUCAUUUCUGCCACUGCGUCCCCGGAUGCUGUCUGUCCUACUGAGUAUUUCCAGCACCCUUGCUUUUAUGAAAUUAUAAUUUUUUGAUUGUCACAUGUACCGAGAUUCAAUGAAGAACUUGUCUUGCAUAUUGUGCUCAGUUCUGGUUGCCUCAGUACAGGAAGGAUGUGGAAGCCAUAGAAAGGGUACAGAGGACAUUUACAAGGAUGUUGCCUGGAUUGGGGAGCAUGCCUUAUGAAAACAAAUUGAGUGAACUCAGCUUUUUCUCCUUGGAGCGACAGAGGAUGAGAGGUGACCUGAUAGAGGUGUAUAAGAUGAUGACUAAACCCAUGUAGUACCCCUUAUCUACACUUCCCUCCUCCCCCUCAGCUCAUUCCAUCAAUGACCUGCUAACCUAUCCCUCUUACCUCUUUUUAGCAAAAUAAAAUGAGGACCCUUAGCAUUGUCAGUAAGCUCUCCCAUUGUCCAACAGUCUUUUUGACCCCUCUACCAUCGGUCUGGAGGUACCAUAGCGGUGGGACAAGGACUGUUAGGAUGGGAAGCAGUUUUGUCCCCCAGGCUGUAAGACUACUGAACUCUGCCACCACCCACAUCUCAUCACAUGUGAGGCUCCAAUAUCAUUAUGCUGUUUACUUUUUAACUUGUGUUAAGAAUGCACCUUAUUAAUUGUGAUAAUAUUACUUCAUGUGUUUUGCACUUUGGUCUGGAGGAACACUGUCAUGUUUGGCGGUGUACGUGUGUACGGUUGAUUGACUGUAAAAUUCUGAUUCUGAAAGGCAAGCUGGCACUAGUGACCAACAGCCAGAUCCUGCAGACAGCUCACAAAACUACUACUCUUCGUUUAAAUAUAUUUCUCCUGAACUGGGAACAAUUGCACCCUUUAAUUUCCAUUAUUUUUGAGUUGAUCUGGUGUUUUUUGCUAUCUCCUGAGAGAUUUGGCAAGGUUGAAGGCAGAGUGUACAGGGGUGGCUGUUGCUUUCUAAUAGCAGAACACAAGCCUCGUGGUGGCUCCAUUACUCUACGCUGAUUAAAGCAUUAAAACCAAUGAAGAUGACAGCGGAAAAUGAAUAAGUGUUUGGCGCUGUCUGCCUGCGUUUGAUCAGUCUCCCUCUUGUUGCUGCCGAUGGAAGGCCCAGGAAUCUUGGGUCCCAUGCUGCAAGGUUAGAUAUGCUCAUGGCUAUGGACUCUUUUUUGGAGGACUUUGUGGUGUGAUGUUUAAUAUCCUCAGUGUUGAAUGCAUCCCAGGUUGUGUGCUUAUGUUUGGGGGAUUCUGCAGUUUGAUGUUUAAUAUCCUCAGUGCUGAAUGUGCUCUGCAGCUGUGUACUCACUUUUGAGAACGCUGCAGUUCAUGUUCCAUGUGUUUUUGUUUAUGUUCUUUUACAAAAAUGUGAAGAGCAAGAGGAUAAGAUGUGAGAGAAUAGGACCAAUCAAGUGUGACAGUGGAAAAGUGUGCAUGGAACCAGAGGAGAUAGCAGAGGUACUUAAUGAUACUUUGCUUCAGUAUUCACUUCGGAAAAAGAUAUUAGCGAUUGUAGGGAUGACUUGCAGCAGACUAAAAAGCUUGAGCAUGUAGAUGAUAAGGAAGAGUAUGUGCUGGAGCUUUUAGAAAGCAUCAAGUUGGAUAAGUCACCAAGACCAGAUGGGAUGUACCCCAGGCUACUGUGGGAUUGGUGAGCCUCUGAUCUUUGAAUCAUCAAUGAUGAUGGGAGAGGUUCCAGAGGAUUGGAGGGUUAUGGAUGUUGUUCCCUUAUUCAAGAAGGGGAGUCGGGAUAGCCCAGGAAAUUAUAGACCAGUGAGUCUUACUUCAGUGGUUGGUAAGUUGAUGGAGAAGAUCCUGAGAGGCAAGAUUUAUGUACAUUUGGAGAGGCAUAAUUUGAUUAGGAAUAGACAGCAUGGCUUUGUCAAAGGCAGGUUGUACCUUAUGAGCCUGAUUGGAUUUUUUGAGAAUGUGACUAAACUCAUUGAUGAAGGUAGAGCCAUAGAUGUAGUGUAUAUGGAUCUUAGCAAGGCAUUUGAUAGGGUACCCCAUACAAGGCUUAUUGAGAAAGUCAGGAGGCAUGGGAUCCAAGGGGACAUUGCUUUGUGGAUCCAGAACUGGCUUGCCCAUAGAAGGCAAUGAGUGGUUGUAGAUGGGUCAUAUUCUGCAUGGAGGCCGGUGACUAGUGGUUUGCCUCAGGAAUUGUUUCUGGGACCCCUGCUCUUUGUGAUUUUUAUAAAUAACCUGGAUGAGGAAGUGGAGGGAUGGGUUAGUAAGUUUGCUGAUGACACAAGAGUUGGGGGUGCUGUGGUUAGUGUGGAGGGCUGUCAGAGGUUAUAGCGGGACAUUGAUAGAUGCAAAACUGGUCUGAGAAGUGGCUGAUGGAGUUCAACCCAAAUAAGUGUGAGGUGGUUCAUUUUGGUAGGUCAAAUAUGAUGCAGAAUAUAGUAUUAAUGGUAAGACUCUUGGCAGUGUGAAGGAUCAGAGGGAUCUUGGGGUCCGAGCCCAUGGGACAGUCAAAGCUACUACGCAGCCUGACUCUGUGGUUAAGAAGGCAUACAGUGCAUUGGCCUUCAUCAAUCAUGGGAUUGAGUUUAAGAGCUAAGAGGUAAUGUUGCAGCUAUAUAGGACCCUGGUCAGACCGCACUUGGAGUAUUGUGCUCAGUUCUGGUCACCUCACUACAGGAAGGAUGUGGAAGCCAUAGAAAGGGUGCAGAGGAGAUUUACAAGGAUGUUGCCUGGAUUGGGGAGCAUGCCUUAUGAGAAUAGGUUGAGUGAACUCUGCCUUUUCUCCUUGGAGCAACGAGGAUGAGAGGUGACCUGAUACAGGUGUCAGGUGUACAAGAUAAUGAGAGGCAUUGAUCGUGUGGAUAGUCAGAGGCUUUUUUCCCAGGGCUGAAAUGGCUAGCACAGGAGGGCAUAGUUUUAAGGUGCUUGGAGGUUGAUACAGAGGAGAUAUCAGGUAAGUAUUUUAUGCAGAGAGUGGUGAGUACGUGGAGUGGGCUGCCGGCGGCGGAGUUAGAGGUGGAUACAAUAGAGAUUUUUAAGAGACUCCUGGAUGGAUACAUGGAGCUUAGUAAAAUAGAAGGUUAUGUGUAAGCCUAGCUACUUCUAAGGUAGGGACAUGUUUGGCACAGCUUUAUGGGCUGAAGGGCCUGUAUUGUGCUGUAGGUUUUCUAUGUUUCUAUGUGAUUUGAUUGAGGCACUUUCGCACAGAACGGACUCUGUGACUGUGGGCUGCAGCCAUCGACACAGCACUGAACUAACUGACUUGUUGGCUGUCACUCCUGGACCGUCUGUGGUUUGAUGUGUAAUGCCCUGUGUGUUACUUGCUCACUUUUUGCUGUUUGUGAGAUUUGUUCCUUUUUUUUACAUGUUGGGUCUUUGUGGUGGUGGGGAAGGUCUUUGAACAGGUUCUAUGGUGUUUGUUUUGUGGCUGCUUUCAGGAAGACAGAUCUCAAGGUUGUGUACUGUAUACAUUGAUAAUAAAUGUACUUUGAACGUGAAGUUGAAGUGCUAAGGAAGGGUUCUAGGAGAAGGAAGCUCUGCAUGAGGUGAACCAACUUAACAAUAUAAUUCCUCUUCUUUCAACUUAAGAAUGAAACAAUAACAGAAUGCAGAAUUAAGUAUAACAGCUACAGAGAAAGUGCAGAGCAGGUAAACAAUAAGGUACAAGAUUAUAACAGGAUAGAUUGUGAAGUUAGGAGUCCACUUUACCAUACUAAGAAAUACUUCUGGGUGCUACAGUAGCAUAACAGUUGGUGCAAUGCCAUUACAGUUUGGGUCAGAGUUCAAUCUUGGUGUCCCUCUGCAAGGAGUUCCAUACGUCCUCCCCGUGGAAUGCAUGAAUUUCUUCCCACAGUCAAAAAACAUACCGGCUAGGUUAACUGAAUAUUGUAAAUGUCCCAUGAUUAGGUUUGGGUUAAAUCUAGUUUGUUGGGGUUGCUGGGGAGGUGUGGCUCAAAGGGUCAGAAAGGCCUACUCCACGUUGUUUUGCAAAAUUAAAUAAAAAUAAAUUAUAUUAGAGGGAUUAGCAGUGGGCUAGUCAAGUGAUUCUUCUUUUAUGAAGUUGCAAAGAAUAAUUAAAAUAUUAUAAAGAGGGAGAUUUAAUCAGGGUGAUGCCAGGAUACAGCAAUACAGCACAGAUACAGGUUCCUGGGCCUAACUUCCUGUGUUUGGCUCAUAUCCUUCCAAACCCCACUCCUCCAUGUACCUAUCCAAAGUUCAAAGUACAUACAGGACACCAGAUACAUCCCUGAGAUCUGUUAUCUUGUGGUCAUUCACACUCAAUACAAGAAACAAUAAAAACAUUUGAAAAGAACACCCACAAGAUGGACAACCAAUGAGCAAAAGGCAGCAAACUCCAAGUGAAAAAAGCAAAAUAAUAAAUAAAUAGGCAGUAAGUAUUGAGAACAUGAGAUGAAAAUCAUAGGAAUACAAAGGAAUAGAUCAGUGAGGGGCGAGUAAAGUGAUCCCCCUGGUUCAAAAGCCUGAUGGUUAAUAACUGUUCCUUAACCUGGUGCUGGCAAGUCCUGAGACUCACAUCAACACACACAAAAUGCUGGAGGAACUCAGCAGACUAGGCAGCAUUUAUGGAAAAGAGUAUACUGUAGUUGACAUUUCAGGUCUGGGCAAGAGACAUCAACUAUACUCUUUUUCAUAAAUACCACCUGACCUGGCCUGCUGAGUUGCUCCAGCAUUUUGUGUGUGUUUCUUGGAUUUCUAGCAGCUGCAGCUUUUCUCUUGUUCUUGAGGCUCCUGUACCUUCUUCCUGAUGGAAGCAGGAAGUCCAAGUGCUUCUUAAGAGAUACUGUUGUAUAUGCCUCACUCCAUUUGCUCACCACCCUCUGCAUGAAGAAUUUACCCCUCAGGUCUCUUUUAAAUCUUUACCCUCUCUAUGCCCAUCAUUUUGGCUCCCUACUCUGGGGAAAAGAUUGUUACCAUCCAUUUAAUCUCUGCCUCCCUCUCAUAGCUUUAAAUAUUUUUGUAAUGCUGUCGCCUCCUACAUUCCAAGGAAUAAAGUCCUAGCCUCUCCCUAUAAUUAAAGUCUUCUUUAGCUGGCAUUUUAACUAUGUCUUUUCAUUUUAAUCAUGUCUUUCCUAUAAUAGUUUGACCAAAACUGUACAUUGUAUACAAUGUCAAUGAGAUUGAAAGAGUAUGGAGAAAAUUUACAAGGAUGGUGCUGGGACUUCAGGACCUGAGUUACAGGAAAAGUGGUAUAGUUAAGUACAAGCAGGCUUUUUCCACUGAUGUUGGAUGAGACUACAACCAGAGCUCAUGGGUUAAGAGCGUAAGGUAAUAUAUUUAAAAGGAACAUGAGGGGGAACUUCUUCCGUCAGUAGGAGGUGAGUGUGGAAUAAACUACUAGUGGAAGUAGUGGAGAGGGAUUUGAUUUCAGUAAGUUUGGAUAAGCACAGGGGUAUGGAGGGCCUUGGUCCGGGACUAGGCAAAAUAGCAGUUUGGCAUGAACUACACGGGCCAAAGGGCCUAUUUCGGCAUGUUGACUGUGUGACUCCAAGUGUGGCCUCACUAACUAUUUACACAGUUCUCCUUCAGUUCCUUGUACAGGGGUGGGUGACCAUGGCCAUGGACCAGAUACCAGGUGCAGUCACCUUGUUCGAGAAGAAGAAGAGUGGAACUGUGUAUCGUAUACCUUCCCUCCUUUACCUGGAGAGAGAUGCAGUCUUCUUAGCAUUUGCCGAGAAGCGAAAUUCAUCCAGUGAUGUGAACGCGAAGAGUCUGGUGCUCCGGAGAGGGACUUUUCAUGAUGGAACAGUGAAGUGGGAAGAUGAGGUUGAGCUGGAGGCGGCCGGCAUGGUGGGCUACCGUUCCAUGAACCCAUGUCCCGUGUACGAGCGCCGGGGAGGGACAGUCUACCUCUUCUUCAACUGCAUUGUGGAUGGGGUAUCAGAAUGGCAACAGGUAUGCAGCGGGAAGAACGCUGCCAAGCUCUGCUACGUGCUGAGCCGAGAUGCGGGGUGCAGAUGGAUUGGCCCCUGGGAUGUGACGGAGAAAGUGAUCGGACAACGGAUCCGCCGCUGGGCCACGUUCUCAGUGGGGCCAGGCCACGGUGUGCAGACAGAGGGUGGAACGCUGGUUAUCCCCGCCUAUGUGUACAUCAUCCGGCAACCAUGCUGCCUCCUGCCAACCUGCUUCUUCACCCACCCACACCCCUUUUACUUCUACAGCGAGGAUGGUGGGGUGAACUGGGCAGUGGGGGAGCCACUGACCAAGUACCGAGGGGUGGAGUGCGAAAUGGCUGAGAUAACCAUCGCCAACCACAACCGUGUUCUGUACUGUAAUUCCCGGACAAGUGGCCAGGCCCGCGUGGAGGCCAUCAGCCUCGAGCCCGGGUACUUUGAGAUUGCCCGCCUGGCCCGGGGUCUGCCCGAGAGCAAGGAUGGCUGCCAGGGCAGCGUGGCGAGCUUCCCCACACCCAACGGGCCAAAUGGCAGUCAGUCUGCUGCAGAGGAUGGCUUGUCCUGGCUCCUGUACACACACCCGUGUGGCGAGCGCAAAUACUUCUGGCAUUGCCGCAACCGCACCAACCUGGGCGUCUUCCUGAACACCAGCCCACUCCGGAGAGGGCAUUGGCGUGGCCCCUGGGUCAUCCAGACAGGACCGUGCGGUUACUCAGACCUCGCCUACGUCCAUGGCACCCACAGCUUCGCCUGCCUGUAUGAGUGUGGCACACAUGACUCCUGGGAGCAGAUCACAUUUUGUCUCUUCACUGUCAAUGACGUGAUGAAGAACAUCACUGUGUAAUACAGCAUGAAAACAGGCCAUGCCAACCACUCUCAUCUCAGUUUUCCAUGUCCAGCCCAUAACCCUCCAAGUCCUUCCCCUCCGUCAACCUAUCUAUAUGUCUCUGAAAUGGGCCAAUUAUACCCACCUCAGCCACUUCCUCUGGCAGUUCGCUCCAAGUACUCACUAAACAAGUUAUAGUACCUCUCAGCUCUCUUUUAAAUCUCUCCCUUCUUGUACCCAUACCUUCUAGUUUUGGACUAGAGAAAAGUCUAUGACUGUUCACCUUCCCAAUAUUCCUAUGGUUUUAUAAACUUCUGAGGUCACCUCUCAUUCCCCUAGGCUCCAGUGAAUAUAGGAACAGUAUAGCAAACUUGACCCUACAACUCAGCCUCUCUAGUCCAGACAACAUCCUCAUAAAUCUCUUCUGCACCCUCUCCAGUUUGACCUUUCCUACAACAGGGUGACCAAACUAUAUAAUACUCCAAGUAUGGCUUCACCAACAAUUUAUGUAACUACAAUAUGAUGUGCGUAUUCCUAGUCUCGAUGCCCUGACUGAUAAAGGCCAGCAUGUUAAACAUCUUCACUUCCCUGUCUACUGGCAUGGCUCGUCUUCAGUGAACUGUGCACUUUUUUUUUGUAAGUUAUUUUUUAUUGACGUUCAUCAUCAAACGAACAUUUUCAUAAAAUGUAUUUCAGAUACUGUACAUAUAUAUCAUAUAUUCAUAUUUGCCACAAGUCUCCACAUAAUAUCUGAGGUAUACAAUUAUAGAAAAGAGAGGAAAGAAAGAACAAGCAAAAGGAGAAAAAUAAGUACAAGUAGGGAGUGAUCUUUUACAACAUAUUCAUUGAUUUGUGAGAAUAAAAUCAGGCCUAUGAGGUGUUAUGCAGUUAAACCAUUUUUCCCAGUAUGAAUCAAAUUGUUCCAACUUAUGAUUAACAGAUGCUGUUAUCGUCUCCAUUUUGUAAAUGUCCAUUGUAAUUUCCAUCCAUGCAUUUAAAGUUGGGCUCUCCUGUGAUAACCAUUUCCUGGUAAGAAUCUUUUUACCAGCCAUUAAAUAUUCAUUAAAUUCAUUAAAUAUUUAUCUCUUUUCAACCAUUCUUGAGGUAUAUACCCAAGAUAAAUGGUCUUACUUUCUAAGGGUAUUUCACAUUUAAAAAUGUCUUCUAGGGCAUUGUGUAUCCCCCUCCAAUAGUUUGAUAAUGGGGCAAUCCCAGAAAAUAUGAUAAUAGUUUGCAUUUUGAUUUCCACAAUUUCUCCAGCAAACAGGGAGGUUACUAUCAAAAUGGGAUUUCUGAGAAGGUGUAAUAAAAUAUCUUAUCAAGUUUUUCCACCCAAACUCCCUCCACUUCUGUGAACUGGUACACUUCCAUUCAUUGAUACCUCCAUAUUAUUGUCCAUUCUUCCUCAGAUAUAAUUAUCCCUCCUUCCUUCUCCCAUUUUGUUUUAAUGUAUGAAGUUGAAUGUGUUUUAAGAUUUGACAAAACCUUAUACACACUUGAAAUGAUUCUACUACCGUUAUCUGAAUUAUAUGCUUUCCUAAAUAGCUCUAUCAAGCAUGUGCUUGCCUUGGUUACAUUUUUAAGUGUCUUAUUAUCAUAUUGUCGCAUCUGUAAAUACCGAUAAAAACCUUGUUUUUCUAAUAAGUGUUUCUCUUUAAGCAUUUCAAAACUGAACAGUGUUCCUUCUUUCAUUAUAUUGCAAAGAACUGUUAUUCCUUUAGCUGUCCAGUCCUUAAAUCUAGCAUCCAGUUUAUUCGGCAUAAAAUCCGAGUCAUAUGCACACCAUUUAAGAAUUGCAAUAUCUCCCUCUAGUUUAUAUUCUUUUAUAAUAAUUUUCCAUAUUUUAAGAGUCCAUUUCACCCAUGGGCUAUCAGUAGUAUUUAUGUAACUUUGUAGAUUGUUAUCAGCCAAAAUUGCCUGUAUGGGGAUGGAAGGUAUCCUGUCUUCAAUGUUUUUCCAUUGAGCGCCAUAUGAUGGAUUGCACAUGUCACGUACCCAUGACAGUUUAAAUGAACAUGUGUAAAUAUAACUCCCAAACUAUUUAGCUCGGGGACACCAGGCAUAGAAUCUUGAGAUGGUAAGGUAUGAAAGUUCAGUUCAUCCACAGAUUAAAUGAUGUGCGAGAGAUAUUUGUAAUCUAAGGUGAAUGCCAAGAGCAGGCAUUUAUGACAUAUUCUACAGGUUCCACGGUGGUAAAACAGGAUAACAAUCGCCAUAGGUCUUAUCCGUCGUCGUUCCAAAUCCACUUAGGAAUUAUCACCAAUAGUAGCUUAUCACAGGGGUACCGUCUUCAAAGGGAACUACCACCUGGGCAAGGGCUAACACAUAGGUAGAUUCCACCAGGUACUCCCAAUCCAGAUGCAACAUACAACGUAUUACCGACAGUGAUUUUCACAGAGUAUCCCUUCUCACAAGUGGUUACCACAUAACACACCCAAAUCCAGCGACAGAUUAACAAAAAUAGUAGCCACAGGAUAAUCCAACAAAAUCCACAUAUGGAUUACACAAAUUAUCAUCAACAGUGAUUUGUCACAGAGUUCCAUCUUCGAGUGAGUUACCACACCCAGGCAAGUGGUCUUCACAGGAUACUCCCAAGCAGAAAUAUCCACUCCUAUGGAUCAAACAAAGAGACAAUCACACAUUUGGUAUGCACUAGAUCAAUAAUCAACCCGCCUUUGUGGGUUUAGGAGAGUCCAGUGACCUUUGGCCACUAGGUCCUUUGUUUUAACCCUUCUAUCUUCUUUCUUUCUCUCUCUCCAUCUGACUGUGUGUGUCUGUGACUGUCCUUGUAAGAAGUAAACACGCUGCGAACAAAAUGUAAAUAUGCUGGAAGGCAGGCUGAUACACCUUUUCCAUUUCUCUCUUUCUUUUAAAGUGACAGCCCACAGCAACUGAAACUUAGGGGUUUGUAACAACCAGCAUAUCACAGCUCUCAACUGUGCUGCAAGAUAAUAAUCUCUAAGAGAAGGCAGGCCCCAUUGCAAAGUUUUGAGACAAACUCUAGGUCUUUUACCUUGCCAUAUAUAUCUUGAUAACAUUUUAUUCCAUUCAUUGAAUUGGUUUUGCUUAAUCUCUAUUGGUAGGGUCUGAAAGAGAUAUGACAGUCUGGGCAAUAUAUUAAUUUUUAAUGGAUUCAAUCCUUGUACUGAGACUAAAAAAAGGAAUUAGGUUCCAUCUUGUUAUAUCUUCUUUCUUUUUUUAUAUAUAGGCUGAUAAUUGCAUUCUGAUCAUUUUGCCAAAUCUUUUGGCAUAAUGAUACCCAAAUAUUUGAAAGACUCUGUUUGCCAUGCCCAGGGAUAUCUACUUUUAAUUUCUCUUGGGCUAUAGUUAUAUGAAAGUAAUUGGGUUUUAUUUAUGUUGAUCCUGAUAAUCAACCAUAUUGUUCAAAGGAUUGCAUCAAUUUAGCUAAAGAGUAUAUUGGUUGCCCUAGAUGGAUCAAAAUGUCAUCCGCGUAACAGGUCAAUUUAUGCACUGUCCCUUUAAUAGUAAUUCCCCUGAUAUCUUCAUUUUCUCUGAUGUAUUGAGCUAAUGGUUCCAGAUAUAAUGCGAAGAGUAGCGGUGACCAUGCAAAACCCUGUCUCAUGCCCCUUUCUAGAGUAAAGCUAUUUGAUAAAUAUCCAUUGAUUUUAAUCCUAGCAGUAGGAUUGUCAUAUAGUGUCUGUAUAGUUUUAAUAAGUGUGUCAUGUAAACAAAAUCUAUGUAAAAUUCUGUUAAGAAAAUUCCAAUUAACCGAAUCAAAUGCCUUUUCAGCAUUCAUACUUAUCACUAUUGCUUCGAUUUUAUUUUUUUUGUAUAUGAUUCAUAAUGUGAAGUGUCCUUCGUAUAUUGUCUUGAGUCUGGCAUUGUUGUAUAAAACCUGUCUGAUCAUUACGUAUCAGUAUGGGUAGAAACUCUUCUAAUCGUUUGGCCAUGAUGGAGGUAAAUAAUCUAUAAUCUACAUUAAGAACAGAUAUUGGUCUUAAUGAUCCACAUUCCAUUUUAUCCUUGCCUUCUUUCGAUAUAGUUGAGAUUAUCGCCUCCUUCCAGCUGGGUGGCAUAUUCGCCUUUUUUAGAGCCCAGUUCAGUGUGGGGAGUAAAACAGGAAUUAAUUCAUUUUUUAAUUCUUUAUACCACUCUGCCAAUAUAUCCAUCUGAUCCUGGUAACUUGCUUAAUUUAAGCAUACAUUGUGGUUUUUAGUUCAGCUUCAGUUAUGUCAGCAGUCAUCGUUCUAUUUUGUUCUUCGCUUAAAGUGGGUAACUCCAGAGAAUUCAGGAAGGUGUCAAUUUGGGUUAUGCUUCCCCCUGGAACUUUGGAGUAUAGUGUUUUGUAAAACACUUCAAAAGCUUCUUGAAUUUCACUUAGCUUGUAUUUUUAUCACUUUUGUUCUUGGAUCCCUAAUUCUAUGAAUUGUAUUUUCUGCUAUCUUGUUUUUCAAGUUUCCAUGCCAUUAUUUUCAUAGAUUUCGAUUCACUUUCAUAGUGUCUCUGUUUCAGAAACAUUAGAUUUUUCCUGAUUUCUUGUGUAGCCAAACUAUUAAUUUCAUUCCUAAUUUUUAAAAUUUCCUCUAAUGUAGCCUGUGCCAAACUCAAUUUGUGUUUUUCUAGUUCCUUCAGCUUGUUUUGCAAUUUCUCUGAUGGUUUAUUCCUUUUUUUCCUUAUAUGAAGAUAUCGCUAUAAUUUUCCCUUUUAAGACAACCUUCAGAGUAUCCCAUAGAAUGGGAGGUGAAAUCACUCCAUUAUCAUUGAAUUCUAAGUAAAGACCAAUUUCUUUUUUAAUUUGCACCUUAAAAUAGGGAUCAUUGAGUAGACUUGAAUUUAGUUUCCAAAUAGUAUUCUUUCAUUUGUAGGUCAAAAUCAACAGCUAAAUACAUAGGUGCAUGGUCACUUACAUCUAUUGUCCCAAUUCCACAGGUGUUUAUUUUGUCUUUAUCUUUUCCGAAUGUUAUGAAAUAGUCUAUUCUUGUAUAUAAAGAAUGGGGGGCAGAAUAAUGAGUGUAAUCCCUUCUGCUGGGGAAAUGGUCCCUCCAUAUAUCAAUUAGACCAACAUCCUCAAAAAGUGUAUUAACUUUCUUAUGUAAGGACUUUGUUUCAUAGGUUUUUCUUCUGGAAGAGUCUAACUUUGGUUGUAAUUGUAAAUUUAAGUCUCCCCCACAUAUAACAAUUACAGCA